AUGACCUGGUGCGCCAACGUAAACCGAGCCUAUGUAGUGUGCAGAAACUGCACCGGGCAGUGGAUUUACCAGGACCGUAUCAAUAAACACCCGGAGUGCAAGGUAUGUGGGAGUAAGUGGGGCGUCCCCGCUGCACCCCAACGUAUUGCCACCACAAGGUCGCCUAAGGUCGGCCGAGAGACCCCGAAACCGAAGUGGGGCAAAGCCGGAGGCAUAGUGCGGAAGCUGUGGGACCAAUUCCCCAUGGAUGUGCAAACUGCUUUCCUAGCAGCAGGCUGGCAGGCGGAUACGGUUGCCCCGCCACCCGGUCUUUCGCAAGAGACCAACGGGGGCAUUAAGACCAAUGAUGCUAGUCAUGCCUGCCCAGAUCAGGAAGCAGUUCAGCAGUUGUGGGAAACUGCGGACCCCGUGCAACGCGACCUCCUUAGCAGAGCGGGCCUCGAGCCGCCCAAGGAGCCACAAAAAGGGCUGGAAGAGCUGUGCAGACAGUACGCGGCUGAUCUACCGCCGGCUGUGAGGGCGGCCCUUGCAAGCCCGGUGGAACCCCCGAAGCCAAGCCCCAAAGAGGAAUUGUACCAGAUGCUUAGUACGUAUACCUCGGCGAUGCAGGGGCUAAAAACCUUGAUCCAAAAGAAAGCCGCACUGCAACUUAGGAUCGAUAAGGCCAAGGCCACAUAUGCGAGCAUGUUGGAGGACAUGAAAGACAUGUGUCGUAAGGUGGACGAUCAAAAUGCCAAGGUUGAGGAGUUGCAGAAAGGUUUGCAGCAGCAAGUGCCGACACCAAUAGACCUGCAUGAGCCUGGCAGUGGAGGGAUCAAGGUAGAAGAGGGACUCAGGGCAUUGGAAGCGGCUGGAGUGGUCUUGAGCCCUGAAACCAAGAAGGCCUUCGUACAGGCCCUAACUCAGGGAGGCGAGGCACAGGAGGAAAAACCCGUGCCACCUGCGCAAGCGGAGCUUCCACAAGAUCCAGAGGGACAGGGGGGUUUCGGCCCAAUGCGCGGCCAGGGUGAUCGUGCGGUGCACCCGUAUGGGACGGGAGAGCAGCGAGACGGGGAACACCGACUCGCAAGCAACCUUGGGGUCAAGCGGAGCGCGUGUCUUGGAAUUGGCGCCGUUGCUAAGUUCGGGACAAAGCUGGAGCUUGAAUGGGGAGGCCUACAAACCGACAUGCGAGUCAACACGGGGAUGGAGCUGUUUCCGAUGUUGACGGUGACCGUGUUGAAGCAGCAGCGGCGCCACAAAGUCCGUGAGGAGUGGCCCAAACUCCUUCAAAUCCUUCAGAAGGCCGAGUUGAGUAGCAUGGCUGAGCAUGAAAGGGACAUCGUUGAAGUUGUUACUCAACUGGAGCCGGACCUGGAAGAGGGAGACCUAGCCCAUUGGUUGUGUGAUCGCAUGCUUGACCUUUUGUCCAGGAGGGCGGAGGACGCUACGGGAUGUGUGGAGGCAUGCAAGGAUGUCAUUGCGCACAUGGAACAGGGGAGGCGCCCUUCCCUUUUCGAAUGUGUUAGCGCCAAUGUCACUCGAUGGAGGAGUGAGGUGAAGCAGUGGAUGACGAAUCAACGGGCGGGUGUGGCUUUUGUACAGGAGACUCAUCUCCUGGAAGGGGACAAUCCGGGCGCAAACGCAAGUGUGGAAGCAUCCGGGUAUCGAAUGUGGACGGCUAACAGCUACGACACUGGACAAGGUGGCAGCAGUGGUGGGGUUGCUGUGUUGGCAAAACGCCACCUCAACUUCCGCUUGUUGGAUCGGUUUCAGCUGGAAGGUAAAGGUUACGUGUUGGUAGUGGCCAGAUUCGCUGGUUCGGAUGUUGUGAUGGGUAGCCUCUACCUGGCCACGGGACAGGACUUAGGCACACCAAUCAAUGCAACCAUCCUGUCUCAACUCAUGGCUAAACUGCAAGCCUUGGCCGUGCCUUGGAUUGUGGCGGGUGAUUUCAACUGUGAUUUGGAUACCAUCCGGCAAACCAGGAUUGCUGAAACCACGAACGGUGCAUUCAUUGGUGCCGGGGAGGCCACAUGCAGCACGGGGGGCCAAAUUGAUUACGUGUGGGCCCAUAGGCGUCUCCAGGGCCUAGUGUCGGUCAGUGCUGAUUGGGAGGUUCCUUGGAGGCCGCAUGCGGCUUUGCGCAUUCAACUGCAUUGGAAUGUCGGACAACUACCAAUGUUGCAGGUCCCAAGGAAACCGGCGGCACAGGUCAAGAAGGAGGCGUCCUUCUCUUGGUCCCCGGCCCCCUUUGUGCGUGUCAUGGCUCACGUGCAAUUCAACCGUGCCACCAGGUGGAUUGCGGACUUCAGUCAUAGUGUUGAGGAGUCUCUUUUGGAUGCAGGGGGCCAGGGUCGAGGCUGGAACCUCGCGUGGGUGAGGAAGCCUCUCACACCCCAGCAACCGGCAGGCAUUCAAUGGAAAGGCAAUCAUGCUGGAUACUGGAAUCGGCUUGGGGUUUGGUUGGCGUCGUACCCGGUUGGGAGGUUCCCGCCUGGUGUUCAUGACAAGCUGACUGUGCAUUUGGCCAAGGUUGCGGAAAACUGGCACGACGAAAGCUUGUGCAUGACGGCAGAGGAGUUUGCGGACCGGAUGUGCCACGAAACACUCGAUGCAAGUAGUCAGCGUCAGAGGCUGGCAGCAGUGGUCAAAGCGCAGUUGCGGUGCGCCACCCAGCUGGAUACAAACGAACGAAAUCAGCGGUAUCAGGAGUGGCUCACCCAAGCCGGUGCAGGCCACAUGAGGCCUUUGUGGAGGGCACUCAAAACUCACGAGGCCAAAACUCAGCGACCGUACCAAAAUCUCAGCAUGGAAGUCAGGAGCCACGCUCGCAGAGCGGGGUGGUGGGAGAUUUGGUGUGCGGCGGACAACACCCGCGACGUUGUUCAGUUGCGAACCCUGAGCACACAGGUGCGAAUGGCGGCGCAAGCGCAGGCGCAGCAGCUGCGGCCAAUCAACUUGGAAAGGGCCCAUCGUAAGUUCCGAACCAUUGCUCGUAAGGCCUGCGGGCCGGACGAAUGGACGGCUGACAUGCUGAGGGCGCUUACUCAGGAGGCCGGGACUCUCCUAGUUGAAGAAAUGAUGCAGUGGGAGCGGGAAGGAGUCCUUCCCGACCAGCUCACAAUGGUGCGCUACACACUCUUACCAAAGUCGGCAGAGGAUGAGCGACCCAUUGGUCUAACGAGCUACCUCUAUCGGUCCUAUUGUCGUCUCCGGUGGGACUUGUACGCGCAGUGGCUGGAAGACUACAGGCGAAGUGCGCUGGGACCGAGCCCUUCCAGGGCACUCGUUUACGGCGGAAGCCGUUUCAUAGAGGCGGAAGGUGUCACUGCGGCGCCGAUUCGGACAAACCAAGGACUGAUUGCAGGAUGUCCACUGGCCCCAGGCUUGAGCAAGAUCAUCCUGCACAACCCCAUGCAAAUGCUUUUUGACUCAAAACUCCUCACCCACCAAGACUUGUGGAUUGACGACAUAGGACUCGAUGUGAUACACCAGAGCCCAACGCAGGCCGCCAUUUGGAGUGUGAAGGCCUUUCGCCUGUUGAAAGCUGCGCUGGAGGAGUCCUCCCUGGUGUGGUCCAAGAAAAAGACGGUUUUCGUGUGUACCUCGGGGGCAGCCAAGGCGGCAGUGGAGAAGCUCAGGACCAGCGAAGAUCCGCCCAUCGCUCUCACCUCAACCGACCUUGGGUUGGAUUGUGGCGGUGGCGUCCGCCGCAGAGUGACCAAACAUAGGUCGCGCCUCCACAAGGCGGCAGGUAGACAGAAGAGGCUGAGGGCUUUGGCGCCCAAAGACAAACGGGUAAAAAUCAGGAUGGUCAAAGGUUCGCUGCAGCCAGUGGGCAUCUAUGGCCACCAGGCAACAGGAGUCACACCGCGGAGGUUUAAGUGGCUUAGGUUCCUGUAUGCGGAGGCUCUGGGUCGCAUGAAAAUAGGAUCCGUCAUCUGUGUGCUGGAAGCUAAUGCCGGCCGCACGCGGGACCCAAAGGAAGUCAUCAUGGCACAGCACAUCCAGGCGCACAGCCGCAUGAUGCUGCAGUGGCCACGGGAAGCCGAGGACAGCCUCACGAAGGCUUGGCAAGCGCUGCAACAGAGUCUCAGUGAAACCCGUUGGCCUUGGCAAAAGGUGACUGGGCCUUUGGGGGCCAUGGCGACUUACCUUCAAGAACUGGGCUGGGAAGCACAAGGGCCCCGGCACUGGUCAAUUGACGGACAGACGUACGACGUGGCAUCCGCAGCGGGGCUACAUGCAGUGGUGUGGCAUCUAAAAAACGCCAUACAGCAACAGAGGUGGACAGCGGUGGCUGCCACGCCGGGAGCAGAAAACGUUGUCAGCGGCAUUGAUUGGCAGGCCGCCAAUAAGGCAGUAAAACACCUUGCUCCUCUGGAGAAGACGGGUGUGCAGACUUUGUGGCAGGCAGCGCUAAAAGCAGGACCGGGGGCCUUCUGCCAAAGGUGCCAGACAGAGGCCUCACUCCAGCAUGUUCUGUAUGACUGUGCAAUGUGGGGUAGCCAUGCACUGCCUCCUCCGAGUAUCCUGUCAAUGCAAGCACAUGGGUGUCAUACCAGCCUUUGGUUGCGCGGGCUUCCGGCCAAACGCGCCUUUUACGAAGUAGACUCGAGCGUGGAAAUCAAAGGGGUCUGGCCAGUGCCAGAUUUGACGGAUGUCCGGUUUGCCACGGACGCCACAGGACCGAAGGACCCGCGGGAAGGCCCGGUCAUCUGGGGAGUUAUUGCCUUUCGUGUCCUAGCAGGGGGCGAAGAAGGUGAAUCGCACACGGGCCGAAUCCAAGUGGUGGGGUCCAUCACGGGUGCUGUGUCCUAUGAGCAGACAGUCUUCAGAGGCGAGGCCGCGGCGGUCUGCGAGACUGUCCAGGCACACCCUGGAGAGGACGAGUUGGACAUCACGUUGGACUGCGAAGGAGUCCUUCGCAGGAUCCAGAGGCGUGGCCCAGGGCAUAGUAACCGAGACCUGUUGGACCCGGUUAGAGCCGUCGCACACCGGGUGCGAUUAACGUGGGUCAACUCACACCUUGGCAGAAAGGCCUUCGAAGCAAAGUUUGGGAGUGAUAAAGAAUGGCGGCGACAGGCCAACUGUGUGGUUGAUGAGCUGGUCAAAAAGCGCGCCCUGCGCAUCGCCGGCCCGACUGUACAAGCAAGUGUCAGGCUGUGGGACAAGCAAGUGCGAGAAGUAGUGCAGUUUCUGGGCCAACGGGUGUCGUUUCUCCUCACCGCAGAUGAGGCAGACAAGGCGGAGGUCCUGUUCCAACCCAAGGCUGACCGGCUCUGGUUGGCGUCCAACCGGGGUCUCCCGCCGCUAGCCAUGGAGGGGGAUGCGUCCCAUGAGGAGCUCAGGCAAAGAUGGCAGGAGCUCAAUGAGCAACGGCAGGCGCAAGGCCUCAAGCCGCGAAGCUACAGGGACUUCCUAAAGUCCCGCAACAGGGAAGGUAGGCGCACAAGACUGGGCCUUGCAGUGGAGGACUACAGUGUGGAAAACUCGCCGGGAGAAGGCAGGCUGUUGCCCCCUGGCUUGAACCCGCCGCCUCCUCGAAGGGAUAGGACGGCACCCUUUGCUGCAGAACAGACAGGAGAGGUAGCGUCCGCCUCUGCACAGCCGCAGCAAGAGGCCACGGCACCCAACACUGAAGGGGAGGAAGCGUCCUCCUCUUGGCAGAGGCCGGAGCAGGGACCUCUACGCUCUCCGGAGUCCGCCAGAAAGCGCAGGCUGGAGGCCGAGACUGAGGAAGGUGGGCAGGCCGUUAGGCUGCGGUCGGCUUCUGCAGUCCGUAGAGACGCCGCUGGCGAGGAAGAAGAGAGCAACGAGGUCGAGACGCAAAGGCCCUACGACAGUCACACGGAAGGUCCCCGGCCGGAGGCGUCCUCUGGCUGGGGGGACGAGGGCCCGAGUUUCCAUGCAGCAGUGGAACGCGAGGCCAAUAGGAGAAACGUGCGAUUGAUGCACCACCUUAUGGGGUCCGUUUUGGUCCUCUACAGAAGCCCACUUUCGGGAGCGCUCCUACCACGACCGGCACACAUGCGAAUGGAAGGCAAGGGCAACCAGAGGAUUGCGUAUUCCUUUGGCUCCUAUGUGCUCAAAGUCACAACUUUUGCCUACGACCAUGGGUCUGAGGAGUACUACAGAGAAAGUGAACAGAAAAGCCGAGCCUUGGCUAAAUGCCCAAACGCCGGCGAUAGUCAGGGAAGCUACCUGCUGGCCGUGGUUACCUGGCUGGGAGCCUGCAGGGUCAGGGUGGCAGACAUCACGAUCUCCAACUUGGGCUUGAAUGAGGAUCACAGUGUCCGUUUCUACGACUUGGGGAGCUGGUCCAGCUUGCCAUACCCCCAGUGGGGUGGCGGCAGCGGCCUUGAACGGCUUCUGGCCCAACGUGAGCCGGAGCUGCUACGACAGUUAAAGGCGCGCACCACAGAAAGGCUACAGGCUCUCUUUGAGCACUUUGCCUCCCAAGCGGGGCGGUUUGCUGGGUUCCUUAGCCAGCAAGGCGUGGCGCAGUCAGGGGAGCAUCGUAGAAUGGCUCCCUCGCUGAGGCUGACUCGAGACGAAGAGGGGGUGCAUGCGGAGCCUACGGCUGCGGAGAGCAACGAGCGAGAAACCCAGAUGCUGGCUCAAGUGGCUCAAGUUUGGCUCAAGUGGCUCCAGGCCUUGCGGUGGGAAGAAGCUUCGGCCAUGACCUGGUGCGCCAACGUAAACCGAGCCUAUGUAGUGUGCAGAAACUGCACCGGGCAGUGGAUUUACCAGGACCGUAUCAAUAAACACCCGGAGUGCAAGGUAUGUGGGAGUAAGUGGGGCGUCCCCGCUGCACCCCAACGUAUUGCCACCACAAGGUCGCCUAAGGUCGGCCGAGAGACCCCGAAACCGAAGUGGGGCAAAGCCGGAGGCAUAGUGCGGAAGCUGUGGGACCAAUUCCCCAUGGAUGUGCAAACUGCUUUCCUAGCAGCAGGCUGGCAGGCGGAUACGGUUGCCCCGCCACCCGGUCUUUCGCAAGAGACCAACGGGGGCAUUAAGACCAAUGAUGCUAGUCAUGCCUGCCCAGAUCAGGAAGCAGUUCAGCAGUUGUGGGAAACUGCGGACCCCGUGCAACGCGACCUCCUUAGCAGAGCGGGCCUCGAGCCGCCCAAGGAGCCACAAAAAGGGCUGGAAGAGCUGUGCAGACAGUACGCGGCUGAUCUACCGCCGGCUGUGAGGGCGGCCCUUGCAAGCCCGGUGGAACCCCCGAAGCCAAGCCCCAAAGAGGAAUUGUACCAGAUGCUUAGUACGUAUACCUCGGCGAUGCAGGGGCUAAAAACCUUGAUCCAAAAGAAAGCCGCACUGCAACUUAGGAUCGAUAAGGCCAAGGCCACAUAUGCGAGCAUGUUGGAGGACAUGAAAGACAUGUGUCGUAAGGUGGACGAUCAAAAUGCCAAGGUUGAGGAGUUGCAGAAAGGUUUGCAGCAGCAAGUGCCGACACCAAUAGACCUGCAUGAGCCUGGCAGUGGAGGGAUCAAGGUAGAAGAGGGACUCAGGGCAUUGGAAGCGGCUGGAGUGGUCUUGAGCCCUGAAACCAAGAAGGCCUUCGUACAGGCCCUAACUCAGGGAGGCGAGGCACAGGAGGAGAAACCCGUGCCACCUGCGCAAGCGGAGCUUCCACAAGAUCCAGAGGGACAGGGGGGUUUCGGCCCAAUGCGCGGCCAGGGUGAUCGUGCGGUGCACCCGUAUGGGACGGGAGAGCAGCGAGCGACGGAGUAG